CGCGGGCGUCUCCGCCGUCCCCGGCGCCAGAGCGGCCGUAGCAUCCUCGGUGUCCGCGUCUCCUCGCACUCCGUCCUCUCCCUCCCCGGCCGGCGCGAUGGCGAAGCCGCUCACGGACAGCGAGAAGCGGAAGCAGAUUAGCGUGCGCGGGAUCGCGGGGCUGGGCGACGUGGCCGAGGUGCGGAAGAGCUUCAACCGGCACCUGCACUUCACGCUGGUCAAGGACCGCAACGUGGCCACGCCCCGCGACUACUACUUCGCGCUGGCGCACACGGUGCGCGACCACCUGGUGGGCCGCUGGAUCCGCACGCAGCAGCACUACUACGAGCGCGACCCCAAGCGCAUCUAUUAUCUGUCCCUGGAAUUCUACAUGGGUCGUACGCUGCAGAAUACGAUGGUGAAUCUGGGACUUCAGAACGCUUGUGAUGAAGCAAUUUACCAGCUGGGGCUGGACUUGGAAGAACUGGAAGAAAUAGAAGAGGAUGCUGGCCUUGGGAACGGAGGCCUGGGGAGGCUGGCAGCCUGCUUCCUUGACUCGAUGGCCACCUUGGGUCUUGCAGCCUAUGGCUAUGGAAUCCGCUAUGAGUUUGGGAUUUUCAACCAGAAGAUUGUCAACGGCUGGCAGGUGGAGGAGGCUGACGACUGGCUGCGCUACGGGAACCCCUGGGAGAAGGCCCGGCCUGAGUACAUGCUCCCAGUGCACUUCUAUGGAAGAGUUCAGCACACCCCUGAGGGGGUGCAGUGGCUGGACACGCAGGUGGUGUUGGCCAUGCCCUAUGACACCCCAGUGCCAGGCUACAAGAACAACACUGUCAACACCAUGAGGCUGUGGUCUGCCAAAGCGCCCAAUGACUUCAAACUCCAGGACUUCAAUGUGGGUGGCUAUGUGGAGGCAGUGCUGGACAGAAACCUGGCCGAGAAUAUCUCCAGAGUCCUGUAUCCAAAUGACAAUUUCUUCGAGGGAAAGGAGCUCCGCCUGAAGCAGGAGUACUUUGUGGUGGCUGCCACGCUCCAGGACAUCAUUCGGCGCUUUAAGUCCUCUAAGUUUGGCUGUCGGGAUCCAGUGAGAACCUGUUUUGAGACAUUUCCAGACAAGGUUGCCAUCCAACUGAACGACACCCACCCAGCCCUCGCCAUCCCUGAGCUCAUGCGGAUCCUGGUGGAUGUGGAGAAGGUAGACUGGGACAAGGCCUGGGAAAUCACAAAGAAGACCUGUGCAUACACCAACCACACUGUGCUGCCAGAGGCCUUGGAACGCUGGCCUGUGUCCAUGUUUGAGAAUCUGCUGCCACGGCACCUGGAGAUCAUCUACGCUAUCAACCAGAUGCACCUGGAUCACGUGGCAGCCUUGUUCCCUGGGGAUGUGGACCGGCUGAGGAGGAUGUCUGUGAUUGAGGAAGGGGACUGCAAGCGGAUCAACAUGGCCCACCUGUGUGUGAUUGGUUCCCACGCUGUCAACGGUGUGGCCCGGAUUCACUCAGAGAUCGUGAAGCAUUCCGUCUUUAAGGAUUUUUAUGAACUGGAGCCAGAGAAGUUCCAGAAUAAGACAAAUGGCAUCACACCCCGACGCUGGCUGCUCCUGUGCAAUCCUGGGCUGGCCGACACCAUCGUGGAGAAAAUAGGGGAAGGUUUCAUGACUGACCUGAGCCAACUGAAGAAGCUGCUGCCGUUGGUCAAUGACGAUGCCUUCAUCAGGGAUGUGGCCAAGGUCAAGCAGGAAAACAAGCUGAAGUUCUCUGCCUUCCUGGAGAAGGAGUACAAGGUGAAAAUCAAUCCCUCGUCCAUGUUUGACGUGCACGUGAAGAGGAUCCAUGAGUACAAGCGGCAGCUGCUGAACUGCCUGCACAUUGUCACCUUGUACAACCGAAUAAAGAAGGAUCCAGCCAAGGCCUUUGUGCCGAGGACUGUCAUGAUCGGAGGCAAGGCAGCUCCAGGUUACCACAUGGCCAAGAUGAUCAUCAAGCUGGUCACAGCCAUCAGCGACGUGGUCAACCAUGAUCCAAUCGUGGGCGACAGGCUCAAAGUGAUCUUCCUGGAGAACUACCGAGUGUCCUUGGCCGAGAAAGUGAUCCCCGCCGCUGACUUGUCACAGCAGAUCUCCACCGCAGGCACGGAGGCCUCGGGCACAGGCAACAUGAAGUUCAUGCUCAAUGGAGCCCUCACCAUCGGCACCAUGGACGGUGCCAAUGUGGAGAUGGCCGAGGAGGCUGGGGCCGAGAACCUCUUCAUCUUUGGCCUGCGGGUAGAGGACGUUGAAGCCCUGGACCGCAAAGGGUACAAUGCCAGGGAGUACUACGAGCGCCUGCCUGAGCUGAGGCAGGCCAUGGACCAGAUCAGCAGUGGCUUCUUCUCCCCCAAGGAGCCUGAUUGCUUCAAGGACGUCGUCAACAUGCUGCUGUACCAUGACAGGUUCAAGGUGUUUGCGGAUUAUGAAGCCUACAUGGAGUGCCAGGCCCAGGUGGACCAACUGUACAGGAACCCCACCCAGUGGACCAAGAAGGUCAUCAGAAACAUUGCCUGCUCAGGCAAGUUCUCCAGUGACCGGACCAUCACGGAGUACGCUCGGGACAUCUGGGGUGUGGAGCCCUCUGACCUGCAGAUCCCACCGCCCAACCUCCCCAAGGAUUAGGUGUCCUAGUGUUGGGACCAGCAGGCUUUGGUUUCCUUGUCAACUCUGCACCCCAUGCCAAUUUUAAGCACUGUGCGCACAACCAGUGGUUCCUGCUAUUUUUUUAGGGCUAUGUUCCUGGGAGGGCAUGGCAGUCAUGGUGGUGGCUUUGUGUAUGCCUUGUCAGUCCUGGCGGGUGCAUUUCUAUCUCACACGUAUAGACACACACACACACACACACACACACACACACACACACACACCCAGGGUGCAUUUCUAUCUCACGUGUAGACACACACACACACCCCUGCCUUCCUUCCCACCAGUGUAACAACAUGGUCUGGAAAAAGGACCCAGUGGGUCCAUAAGUGAGCCCCCUUUCCACUCUGCCUCGACAGUGCACUGGUGCCAGGAAGGGCACAGUCAGCCCUUCUCAGGUGCCCACAGGAAACCAGUGAGCAGAUUGGGUCCUUUACCAGGUGUUGUAGGAGACAUCAGGGAAGAUCCCUUCUAGAAGCCAUCUGCCUUGCCUGCUGGGUCUUUGCAGCAUGGGGACCCUGCGUCAUCCCCAGCUUCUAUUUACUCUCAGAACCAGACUGCGGAGGAUUUGAUCACAUGCACACUUCAGAGCCACUGGGGUCUGUAGGCGAGGGACAUGUUCUGGGGCAGUGGUGGUGCCCUGGCACCCUGCACUGCCCUGUGCCUUAUGCCACGUGACCAUCACUGUCACCACUUACUGUUACUGCCUCCUGUGAGAACUGAUUAAACCUUCCUGCCUGUGCAUGGUUGACUUGGCCUCUGCUCCACUCUUUACUGAGGGCAAUUCAGAUCCUGGGGUGCCUCAGUACCUUUGUAAGGCUGCGCUAAAUAAUAGCCCUUUGUUCUGGGAGUGAGGAAAGUUCUCUCAUCCCAACUGCUUUUGGAACUUGAAGCCAUAGGCUUCCGAACUCUUCUAAAGAAUUGUCAAAGCAGCCAUUUGGCAAACUCUCGGGAAUUUCUGGUGUGACCUGGUGGCUCCUUUUUGCACCUGCCUCCUGCCACCAUCUGUGGGUGGGUGGUAAGUCGUCCUGGUAAGUGGAAUAUCCUGGGAACCAAAACAUUCCCUCCUGAGUUGUACCUCUGCUGUUUUAAUUAAAAACUCAGGAAGGACAUGAGCUCAGGACUUAGAACGUUAAAACUGCAUGAACUGUGGUUUACAGCUGUGCCCACAUUUCCAGUUGGCUUUUCAAGGGCUGGUCCUGACCACAGAUUUGUUUUGUAACCUUCAAAGUGUCAUUUAAGCUUAGCCACUUGGACCAAGGUAAAGAGCUAAAAUGCCACCAGGUGUUGGUACUAGAUCAAAUUAACUGACAUUGACACCCUGCAGAGGUGACCCAGCGCCCCCUUUUAGUGUUUCCUAUCUUCAGUCUGCCUUGUCACACACGCACAACAGCUUGUAUUUUAACUUUAUAUCCUCAGUGCCAAAAGGCUCUGAGGCAGCUCAUAGAUACAAAAGUUUAAAAACACAAGAAAGAAGACAUGAGUGUAGGUAGGACGGCAGAUCUGAGACUGCAGUCCCUGUCCCAUCUACCUUGGUGCUGGGCUCGACUGGGGAAAGUUCCACAGCCUGAGGGGCCUACGGAGGCCCGUGUCAGGAGACCAGAAGUGCUUACUCCUCCAACCUGCGAAACCUUUGUCCCAGCGCCACAAGGGGACUGUAGCUCUUGGGGGGACAGCCCCAUGCACGCUUGGGUUCUGAGAGCUUACUUAGCCAGGUCGGAAGACUCUGCCCUUCCCCUAGUGAGGGGGAGGUGAGAUAAAAGCAGGAUUGUUAGCACCUACUAAUGUCAGGUGGGAGCAACAGAACUGCAGGCCAAUUUGACAGAAAGUCAAACACGAGCCACCACCAGUAAGUGAGGCAGCGCUCACAGGCAGGACCUGCACUCCAGCGGCCUAAGUAUUUUCAUGAGAAGUCAGGCUUGUCUCAGAUCAAUGGGUGAAAACCAACGGCCUAUCCACUGACAAAGCAACAGCCUUAUGCUCAGCGUGAGGUUAGAAGGGUCACCUAUGUAGGCCUGUAUUUCAGGAAAAUGCUGGCUGCCUUAUGUGGAGAAGCAGUGCCCACUGUAAACAUGCCUCCACCCAAGGCCAGACCCCUCCCUACAGGGACCUGCAUGUCUGGGCAGGAGGAGGAAAGACCCCAUGCUCCUUGGCCUGGUAGAGCCGCCCUCCCCUCACAUGGCUGGGCUGGGAGGCACAGCUGUAGAGUGACUGAGUAAACAACACAGACCACCACCAGGAUUUUAUUCUUAAAUAAAUGCUCAGUCUAAGGCCAGGUUAGGCAGAUGGGUGAGAUGCAGAGGAAGUGCAGACUCUGGGCGUCUCCCUGCUGUGAGCAAGCAGGGCUGUGCAGGGAGGCAGGAUGGCCAGGAAGGGUAAGCAGGUGCUUCAGGUGGGAGGAGGACGAUCAAACCACUAGAGUCCAUUCUGUGGGUGUCAGGAAGAGACAGAAAGAAACCAGAUCUUCCCACAUUCUCACAGGUUGUGCCAGAAAGCUCACGUUGUCCUGAGACCCAAGGCCUCCUGCUCUGGGCGCUCCAUGCUCAGUUCAGGAAGUACAGGAUUGACCAGCUCGUGGCCAGCCUGAUCUGUUACUAAGUCUUCCCAACAAGAGCUCAGGUUGAAUGGCAGCAAAAGGGAGAGAGGGCCAUACGUCCGACACCCAAGUUUUCCACAAAGAUCCAUGCUCCCAGGCACUGUGGUGCCACAGGUCUGCUGGGGCCUCCUCCAUCUGCCCUGACUGGUAUCCAGGCCACUCUCCAGGGGCAUUGCAGUGGCCCCCUCCAGGCUCCGGGGUGCUGGGCUGGCCAGAGAUGAGGGAUGAAGGGCAGAGGUCUUCAUGCUCUUUCAGGCAGCAAGACUCAGUGCUGGCGCUCAGGUUCCGACUUCCCCAGGAAUUCCCUAGACCAGGACAGGACACAUGUGAGCUGAAUCCCUUGAGCAUGAACUAAAAGGAGUCCUCAAAGGAGCCUGCAGGAAACCCACUGUGAGUUCCCCAGCAGGACAUUAAUGGCACCAAUGGAAAUUCGUAGGAAUAAAGACAAGUUCGAGUUACCUACUACACUUUGUUCUAAACUUAGGCGCUACACUCAUCUAAAUUUCCUGUAAUAUAUUCCUUUUAUAAUAGAGAAAAGUUAUAAACCCUGAGUGAACCCAUACUCUUUCAGUUCACUGUGCCCUCUCAGCAACCCACAUCCAUGUGGCAGGUACUGCAAACUGCAAAAUGAAAUGCAGCUUUGCCUCCCGCCUUUCAGGGCCAGCUAGGGGAGAGCUGAGGUUUAAACUAGAAAUACUCAUGAAAGACGCCACACUGAGGGCCACUCUGAGCAACCCCUGUGGGGUCAGCUGCCCCAGGAAGGCGAACUCUCCCCAUCCCAACCUUAGCAUCCAGCAGAAGGGGACAGUCAGGAAGUAGUGGAUGGUGCCAGUGCCCUUGAGAAGAGGCAGGGAGAACAGGCAGUGCAUGCCUGAGUCAUGGGACUUGUCCUGGCACAAGAGCCUAGAUCCUAAGGCAAAGCCAGCCCGGUCCAUUUUAAUCAUUGCACCAUGCCACUACUCUCAUGUGGGCGCUGCAGUAGGGCCGUGGCCCUCUAGGCUACUCCAUGCCUGGUCCAGGAUUCCACUCAACACAGUGUGGCCAGUACAACCUCCUUCAAGAAUGGCUGGGGACCAAAAAGCUUUUGAGAAGCUAGCCCAGGUCAGAGUUCCCCGUGUGCCAUGUGCACAGCAACCUGAUGGAUGUGUGGAGGGGACCAAAGCAUGACCAGAGCAGCAGGCCACAUGCGGCUCCUGUGUGCAUGCUCUUGGACUGGGCACACCCCUGUGUGGGCUUCUGUGUGCACCUGCAUAGCCUGUGCCACAGGGAUAUCACCACCCUGUCUGAUCAUGUAGACAGUCCAGGAGGGAGAGACAAUAAACCCUCUCAAGCCCUCGAUGGAAAUGAAACACUCCUGAGUUACUAUGGCUCUUGGCCCCACUGAGACCCCCAAGAGCAUUAGUGACUAUGACUGCUGUAUGUCUGGCCUGAACCGUCCCUGCCCAGGAUGUCAUCUGUGAUAAGAAAAAGCCUCACCUCAGUAUCCGUGGAAGCUCAGGGCUCUUGUAGAUGUACUUGUGCCUGUAGCCAAGGUCUGAGUGAAAGGGGAUAAACUGAACUUUGAAGUCUCGAAAGCUUCGAGAUGGUGCAGCAAUAUUGUAGAGCUAAGGAGAGGGAGAGAUGGGGUCAGUACCCAGACACUGUGAAGGCUCAAGGCCUGUGGGUUACCUGUCUUUCCCCUCCACAAAGACUGCUCAGUGGCCUCUUGAAGAGCAGCCCAGCACCAUACACCACAACCCCCAACACACACAAAUCCACACGCGGUGCCACUGCCCUACAACCUACGACAGCCAGGAGCAAAAGAUGCUGGAUGGAGCAAGGCCCAGACUCAGGCUCUGCCUGCCAUUCAAGUCCCUCUCUGUGUUCUCAGGCCUGUCUCCAUCUGGGAGCCCCCUGAAGUGGGAUGUAAGACUGGGCAGCUGGGACUGGUGUGUGCCUCAAACAGGGCCAGGAGGAGUUCCGAGGUCAAGGACAGUCAAAAUGCUGACUCAUUAUCAUUCUGCUUCGGGCUACCCAACCCUGGGGAGGGUGGGGAGUGGGGGUGCUAGGUGCUUGGGCCUGCUGAGGCCUGUUCUGAGACUGAAGCAAAAUGCCUCAGGGUUGACCCCUCUAGGUUGACCUUGUCCCUGGCCUUUUACUAUCCCACUCUCACCUACCUCUGGGCAACAAAAGCAGAGCAAGUGUGGAAGCCCCAGGACAACACAAUAUUCCUGACAUCAAUCCAGUCUCAAGCACAAGAGAAAAGAUGGGAGGUUUCUGUGUCACUCCUAACUACAGGAACGUCUGUGUUGGGGCUGGGGAGACCCUCGUAACCUCCAGUCAGUAACUGGGAGGCCUCCCAACUGAGUCUCCUCUAUCUAGCUUCCAUCAGACAGGACCCCUGAAUGGGGACCUGGGAGCCAUUUGCUUAUUUGUCAUGUUUCCUCUUGUAGAAAGCAACAGCUCUUCCCGAACCCACCUGAGUCCCUGUUCCCUCCCCCCAACACACACAACUCCAAACACACCAUCUCUGCCCUUCUCUUCCUCACAAGGGACACCUGCUAGCAGCAGAACACACCUCAUAUCUGUCUGUAGCCUGCCUGGCCUGAAUCUGGGUCUGCUCCCAGCCUGUCCCAUACACCCACCUUUCUGCCGAGCUGAAAGGGCACAACAGGGUCGUCCUCAGCGUGCAGGAUGAGCAGGGAGCAGGAGAUGUGCUUCACACUGUGGAGGGAGAGGGGACUAGACUAAGGCCCAGGAGAGGGCUGGGUUUCCUGCCCCCCUGGCUCUGCCCAUGGCAGGGACCUGCUGUAGGGAGUCCUUCACCCUGUUGCUUAUUAACAGCUAGUUUUUGACCAGAGAACUGAAAGUUCAUUUCUUAGAUGUUUCUAUCAACACCUAUUCUGGAUGAAUAGGUGUCAACCAAAUCUAAAGAUCAAUUCAUUCACCAAAUCUGGCCCCUGCAUAGUUUCUAGAAAUUGUAAUUUUUUUUCCAGUAGACUUGUUCUUUAAAAGUUACAAAAUGAUACUUAGAAACUGAACAAUUCAAAUGGGCCAAGAAACUUAACUGCAAAUGACUGAAAAAUCUAUUAGUAAAACAGCCAAUAGCCUCUAAUUUACCUUUAGUGUUAAUGACAUUUAAAGUCACUCCAGCUCUGAAUGUUUACAAGUAAGUUAACAUUUCAGUAGCUUCACUAGAUCCAAAUUCCUUCAGCAAACCAUGUAACAAAGGAGAGGCUAUGGACUGGCCACCGUACUGAGGUCUCACACGGAGCUGGAGAACACAGCAUCCACCCAUCCUAGCAACUCUAUACUGAUCUUGGGUUCCAAAAGGGCUGCAUGGGGGGAAGCCUGGUACAUGAUAGAGCAUUCCUGCCCCACAGAUGCCCAGCUUGUCCACAGCCUGCUUCUGCUAGUGGUGCACAAGAACAUACUCACUCUACUUUCGGGGAACAGCAUUUCUGUAUGCAAGUCAUACCUUCGCACAUUAGAAUACCCAUUUUUUCAGAAUUUCCACCAUAGUUAAGUGUGUCUUGGGCCUUCCUGGUGGCCUAGGGGUUGAGUCUCAGCGCUGUCACUGCUAUGGCCUGAGUUUGAUCCCCAGCCCAGGAAAUAACCCACAUGGUGCAGCAGACCUCUCCUGUCUCGCCCACUGCUCCGCUCUGCAGUGUAUUACGUUACUCUGCCUGUUCUGCUCCCCGCUCUGUCUCUGGUGAAUCCUCUCACCCCUGAACCUCUGGCCUACACCCUCGUUCUUCUAUGCAAAAAUAAAUAAAAUUUAAAAAAAACAUAAUUAGCGUGUCCUUAGCUUUACAUUUUCUGGAAGAGGCCCAGCUCACAUGCUAUCACCUUAGCAAGUACUUGGCAACAGACCUGCCCACCCAGACAAGGGCUCC